ACCGGAGGCCCGGCGGUUUCAGAGCUUCGCCCGGGACGACGAACCGCGGACGAGCCGAGUGCGGAAAACCCGCGUCGCGUUUCACAGUACCGCCGACCGAUCCGCGCGCUAGUACCGAGUGUCCGUACAACGGGGAGUACAAACGCAGGGUAGAAAAAGAAAAAAAAAGAAGACGAGGAGGGGGGGAGGCGGAGGACCGAUUGAAACGCGGGUGGACCGCUUUGUGACCUUGGUGCGCGCGACACACUUCGCCGUCUUCCUCGGGAGUAACAAAGGGGGAUCGGUACCCUUUCGCGGGUCCGGUCGGGUGCACGGGGUACGGUGAACCCCGCGCGCGAGGCCGCCCGAAACGCGCUGGAUAUAAACUCGGCCUCGUUCCGUUAAACCACCCUUGCUUGCCUUCGGUGAGAUAAUCCGCGCAAAUAUAUUCUAUACGGCAAGAUAAUGUGAUACCAUAGUGUCGGGAAAAAAGAGACGAGAGAGAGAGAGAGAGAGAGAGAAAAGUAGAGGGAGGGGAAGAGAGCGAGAGGGUUAUCGGUGGGUGCACGCAACGAGAACGCAACAACGAGUAGGUCGCAGCGGGAAAGUUGCAACGAGAGGGUUGCAACGGCGCGCGAACGCGGGAGAGUAUGCGCGAUUCCUGGUAGCACCGGCUCUGCUACUGCUGCUGGAGAAUGAGCGGAACAACGACGGAAGAUUAUUAGGAGGGGACGUGCCGAAGGAGAGCGAGAAAGGGACUGGAGGUGCACGCGGGUGUUCCAUGAGAUGUCAGUGGACCCGUCGUCGGGGACAGUUACGCCGUCGUCGUCGUCGUCGUCGUUUUUGUCGUCGUGAUCACCAUGAGGAGGUCCUCUUACGUCAACUACUACGUCCUGUGCCUCGUGUGCUGGAUUCUACUAGGCAUUACCGGAGUGAGUACGAGAUCGCAUUCGUUGGUGAAGAGGUUCGACGGGAUUUACACGGGGCCUUACUUCGACUCGAACACUCCAACGAAUAUCACGGCGCAGCUGGGCACUCACGCUUAUUUACCGUGCAAAGUGCGGCAACUUGGUAACAAAUCAGUCUCCUGGAUUAGAAGAAGAGAUGCGCAUAUUCUCUCGGUGGACAGAACAAUGUUCAUUCCGGACGAAAGGUUCCAAGCGAUUUCUGGAGAAGCAGACACGUGGACGCUGCAGGUGAAAUACGUCCAAGCGCGCGACGAAGGCGAGUACGAGUGCCAAAUCUCGACCGACCCGAAGAAGAGUCACAUCAUCAAGCUCAACAUCGUCGUGCCAAAGAUCGAGAUCUUGGGGGACCGUGACAUGUACGUGAAAACCGGAAGUACAGUCGCGAUACGAUGCGUGAUAAAGCAGUCCCUCGAGGGCCCGUUCUACGUUUUCUGGUACCACGAGGGCGAUCGCGUUCUAAAUUAUCAGUUGAACAAGAUCGACAUUCAGACGAAGAGGAUCGAGCAAGAUACGGUGAGCAGCCUCGUAAUCCACAACGCGAAACGGGAGGACUCGGGUAAUUAUACUUGCAGCCCGAGUAAUCUGGACAGCGCAAGCGUGCAGCUGCAUGUACUAAACGGGGAACACCCUGCGGCGAUACAGAGAGGCAUGAGUUCAGCGCCGUGCGGCUGUCCCACCAUAUGGUGGCUGGCAGGCGUGGUGACACUGUACGCGAAUCACAGCACCCGCGUAUUCGUCAUCGUUUUUCUGCUCCAUAUGUUUCUCCACUCGAAAGAUCCAUUUUACUUUGACACGGAACGAUAAUCAGGCAAGACCGGAGAAUGGUAUACGCAUAUAAUCGAUUAUCUCCUGCUACGAGACCCCGACUACCUCGAGAGAAGAGAUCCUCGACCAUUGCGAGCCGAUUUCCAAAGGAUCAGGGACAAAAAGGGCGAGGGUGAGAGGAUUCGGAAAAUAGAGGGUGAAGCAAUAGAGGGAAAAAGAGACCGGAGAAGAAAAUAAUGAUCCCGGAGGUAGUAUGUUUUUUCUCCCUGCGCGCAAAGUAAGAGUUAAAGAGAUUCAUCUCGAUUAUCGAGACAGUGAUCCGGCCGUUAGAAAUUAGGAAUUAGUUAAUUAUAUGAAUUCUUGUUAAAUUGCUGCGAGAGCUAUACGUGCUGGGGAAGUUAUGAAAUUUUUGACGUUGUCGAAAAUAUAAAUUAGAUGGAGCUUGAAGAACGGGUGGUCCGUGAAUAUGAGUGCAGCUCAAAAUUUCGGUAAGAAAUGUCGCACACAUUCAUCAUUUGAAAGCCAUUUAUUGAGUUCCAAUGUAUUCACUUUUCUUUUAAAUAGAAAAAAAAAACGAAUAAUUAUAUACUUAAAAAGAAGCAAUAAUUGCGAAUUCUGUGAUUUCUUGAUACAUUCCAUAUUUGUGCUCCUACAGAAUUGUUUCACGUACUUCCCGUUUGUUAGCUCAACAAGGUAGAAAGUUACGAAAUCUCAAAGAAAGGAACGCCCUAAGAACGAUCGCGAUCCCGAGAUCCUGUCGCGAGGGCGUUGGGUGGUUUCGUAGCGUCCAUUACAGGAACAAGAAGGCGAUAAUGUGACAGAGAAUAUAUAGAUAGAAGAAAAAUAAGAGCGACAGGGAAAAGAGAGAAGGUUGCAGAGGGGAUCGUCGAUGAGUGACGGGACACAGAAAAAGAACCGUCGUGAAAAUGGGCAAAAAAAAACGAACAGAAAAACUUCGUCCGCGCCGCUCGAAUAGAAUUGAAACUUGUUCGAUGAAUUUUCGAAAUGCGAUGUGAUUAAUUAUAUUCGAUAGCGACCGAUUAUAACAAGCGUGUCUAUACUCGACGUCUACCGCGUAAUUGAGGAUCGUCUUGAGACCGAGCGAUCUCGGCCAUCGUCCCUUAGACGAUUCGUCGAUACGCGCCGAAAGCGAUUAGAUUAUUAACUUUAUUUUAUCGAUCAACGAGUCUGCUCCGUAAUCGCUUGAAAAGUGACAAAGAAAGAAGAAAGAAUUUACGUAUAUUACUUGAAGUGAUCUCAUUAGAAGGUGAAAAUGUCGUUAUUAACAUUAAUAACGCAGCGAUGGCAAUAUUCAAUCGGAAGAAAAGAUUCAUAUCAAGCGACGCUUUACCAUAUCAAAUCCACAGUCGCGAUAUUCUGAUAUUCUCAAUACAGCCAGAUUCCAAGAAGUAGUCGAAGUAAUAAAUCACAAGCCAUUCAUUUUACACGGAUGAUUUUUAUCCGCAGUAAGUCGAUCGAGAAUGAAGCGAGAUAUCGCGAUGGAAAUUAUCACUGCCUCUAUUUAAUAUUUAGCCGUUCAAAGGCGACGAGAGUCUCGAGACGAUCCGCGAGAGAAAGAGAAAACUUCGGUAUUAAAACGCAUUGAGUAUACACACGCCGAUCAAAAUAUAUCAUACGUCCGCGCAUGCACAGUUUGAUUCACUGCGACGCGGGCCGCGCAGAACAGAUGCCUUUUCUACUGACUCAUUUACGCAUCUCGUCACGCGAUUUCGUGGAAGUAUCACGUUUUUAUAGAAAAUUGAAAUAUCUUUUAGGAACAUAGAGAAAAUUUAUAUACCAAUUUACUUGGAAAAUCAAUGUUUAUAUAAUAAAAACAGUUUUGUUCUCUCCUCGAAAGUUCUCCAAAAUGCGUAUUGUAACUAUUUCCUAUCGUCUCGCGAUUAUUCAUAUUGAAAUGUUAAUACAACACCUUUUUUAUAUAAAAUUUAUAAAUCUAUAUUAUCGUAUUAUAUAACAAUUUCAUAUGUAUAUUAAAUCCCUUUCUGAUUCUUUUUCGACAAUAUUUUUCACAAAUUAUCAAACAUUUUAUAGACGGUUAACAAUAGGGGAAUACUUUCGAUAGGUAUCUUUUGAUAAUAUCUCGCGUAUCUCCACGACGGUUUUGGCCCGCGGCGCGCCGUCUCUGAGCAUGAUCGGUUGUAUAAUUUAGCGGACGAGCGUACGGCUUUCCGGUGGGCGCCCGCGCCCACCGUGAAUUUGCUUUCUUCUCGCAAGUACUAGAGGAAUACUGUUUUUUAUAAUAUUAUAUAUAUAAAUAAAUAUAUAUAUAUAAAUAUAUAUACAAACGAACAGAAAUAUAUAUAUAUGUAUAUGUGUACGCGCGCAAAUACGUUGCACAUGGGUGUUGAAUAUUGAACAAGUUUCAGCUCGCACAAACGAGAGGCGCAUAUAAAGCGAACAGUACGUACGUUCUCAGUGCGUUCUCAUUAAAACAAUUUUUUGAGGAAGAGUCUUAAAGGGAUACAGGGAAAUGUGAAAGAGAAAGAUAAAGAGAAAGAAAGAGGAAGAAAGAGAGAAAGAUACAUCGUACGACACGAGGACACCGGCAGGAGACGAACGAUUCGUUAGAAUAUCUACGAUUCAUGUGAUUGUAAAUACCGUAACAUAGCAUAUAAAUAACGUAACGUUAAUUAAUGAUAUGCUGUACGUGUUACACUAAAGAAACAAGAAAAAAAUAAACACUAAAUAACGUUACUGUGUAAUUUUUCGGAUCGUAAAAAAAAACACGCAUUGGAAUGGGUCUGGCCGCCUGUGCUAACCGGCUCGGGAAUCAUGCACGGUAUCAGAAGACAGAGAGAUUUUAUUGACAAAGGAUGCCGCGUGCUCACAUGUAUACGAUGUUCAUAAACACGAAAUCGUCUGAGAUUUCCAUUCCGAACAUUCGCGGGUGACGCGAGAUCACGCGUGGAAAUUGAGACACAAUUUUCACGCAUCGUCCGGAUAACUAAGAAAGACGUUUUCGAGUGCGAUGGGCGUACAACUUGUCGUAGAUCAGCAAAAAAAAAAAGCCACCGUUUCGGAAACGAAGCGCGAAGCACCGGCGCGCACGCUUUUCCAAGGCGCGCCGGUGCGUCCGGGGUGUGCGUGGGAAGAGGAGCGCGCGCGUUUUUCCGCGAACGCGCUCGUGGAUAGCACGGGCCGGCCACACGCGACUAGAUGUAACACUAAUUAACGCUUAGCGUAAGAGAAACUAACGGAUAUAAAUGCAGAUAUAUUGUCGGACAUUAAUAAUCAGGAAGAGGCGAGUGCGCGAGGGACGACUGCGUGCUGCGCGACUCGAAUGCGAGCGUAUGGUCUGAAACUUUAGCGUGUGAGUCUGUCUGAGCGCGAAAAAGACUGAAAGAAAAAAAAAAAACAUGGCGCGAAAGGGAAUGAGAGAGUGAGAGAAAAUAAGCCACACGCAUACGUACACACGUACACACGGACACAGACGCACACAAUACACACGCUCAGUACACUGAGAGAAGUUCGUUGGACUGACGUGCGCCAAAGCGUUGGUCGAAUGACAUAUUUUAAGGUAAAAAAAGGUCGAUCGGGGACGUUGUGGCACCUUCUUAUAUAUCGUUUCCGUUUUUCCUUCUUCCCGCGCCUCGCGAGGCCACAUUCAAACGUCGACGCAAAUGAAAAGGGCUAAAAACAGGCUCGUGUGAGGCCACGCGGCCGCGAUUAAAACUCCCCAUCGCUCCUUUCAAUGCCUCCCUUAACGCGGGCCUCCCCCUCGCGGGGUGGAAGAAGGAAUGCAAUUCCGCGUCCGUCUCCGUCGCCCUUUUGCUUCACCGCGCAUAGGGAGAAGUAACUCAAACGGGGAGGAGGAUAGCGAGACGGCGAAAACCCGGCUGAGAAACGUCGUCCUAAGAUCGUAAUUCUAACGUCGUAGAACAGCAUUGAAUUUUUGUACCGAAAUCUAUUGUAGUCCUUAAGUGUACACUUCUUUCCGUUCGACGUUGCCGACCGUGAGCUUACAUCCUUAUUCUCGGUUUUUGUCUGAACGCGUCGCGGGGAGGAGGGAUAGAAAACGGAGAAAAUCUCGAAAAUACCUUCUCGCAAGCUCCUCGAUCGUUGCAUUAAAGCUCCCGGAGCCGUCACUGCGAUCGUGCAAAUCUUUCUUUUUUCCUCUUCACAAUGUGCGUUUAAGUAAAUUAGAUUUCUCGCGUGCCACCGCUCACGGUACGGUCACGGCCGCGGACCGGGAGCUUGAAAAAUCUCCGAUUGACAGGCGAUCGACUCGAUCCGCGCCCGGCCGAUGCGGAAACGCGCGCCGAAUCCCGAGAGUCGCGGUACGAAUUCCGAAGUGUGAACACUUGGUUUCGAAAGUGAUGCUUGUGACCGUCCUGACAGUAUGUCGAUGUGCUCUUACGCGUAGAUAACACGAGUUAGAUGUUUUUUCCAGAUAGUAGGCUAUAUGCAAGAGCGAUGUUCGCGUACGAACGAUACGACGGGCUGCCGUCGUCGGGGAGAUGAAAGACGAAGUGAAAUGCGGUGACCCAGAAAUAGAUCUCUAUCAGUCGCGAUUCCAAUUCCGACGUGAUCCAUCCAACGUGUAGCCGCGCCGUCGAACGGUCUCGAAAAAUUCUUUGUAAAGACGGGAGGACAUCCCGGAAAUCGAUUACGCUCUGUGUGUAUGGAAGAAAGAGAGAGGAGAGGGGAGAGAGAGAGAGAGAGAGAGAGAGAGAGAGAAGAGAGAAAGAGAGAGAAAGAGAGAGAAAGAGGGAGAGACAGGUCACCGAAAAGCGAUUUCAAGACGAGCGGCAGAACGAAAUGUUAUCGAGAAAUUUUUUAGACGGACGCUAAACGUCGAAGACUGUAAAUGGUACUAGCUCUGCGGAAAAUGUAUAUGAUUGUUGUAAUUUUAACCCUCUACCGCUUUUGUCGCACUGAGAGCGAAUGGCCUGUCCUCGAAUGCAAUGACACAUUUCCGAUCUUAACAGCAUACGAAUUUUCGAAGAACAGCGCUCUGCAGACACGGAUGAUUCGCUUUUUCGUCCGAGCGGGCAUUUAUUCUCGGCUGUGGGGGGUUAGAAGCGAAUGAGGAACUAUUUGUCGUCGAUCGAUACCCUCGGGACGGCGGAUACUUCGUUAACGCGUCUCUGAUGACAUUCGCGAGAAACGCAUCGUACGAUCGUGCGAUUAUUGCACGUGAGCAUUGAAGCUCCCGAAUGUACGACUCGACGAAAUAUGUUAUCGGCGAUGUAUUUUUCAUUGCGUUCGAUCUUUCGGCAAAACGUGAAAAUUAUUGCUAUUACAUUACUGAGCGAAUGUGUGAAACCGAUAUCGUAAAUCAGGAGCUUCGAUCAAUCCAUUGCGAGCAUGUGAGUUCGACUGCGUCCUAUUAACGUUAAAGCGAGAUCUCACGUUAACGGGCGUUUCGUUGACGGCACGCGACAGAUCACAUUGUAGUAAGAGGUCUAAUUAAUCGUUAAUGCAACAUCGUCUGCCGAUUCGAACGUUCGACGAAGGUGAUUUAUGGCUAUCCACGCAAAGAUAGAUUACGAGAAGUCAGAAAAUCGAAAUAAAAGAAAGAAGACAGAAUUUGUCGAGCGCGCGGAUAGGCGGACUAUCGAUUUAAAGUAAGCGUAAGUUAAAAAAAAAAAAA